AUGGUAGAAACGCGGCGGAGGACUUCAGAACCUGCGCUAGAUCUCACCGAUUUCAUAAAUGACAUGUUUUUCGGAAAAGCUAACAAAGAUAACAAAACCUACGAUCUCACAGGUGGUCGACAACCAAGCAUAGGUUUUGACGACAGCACUAGAAGUAACAGUGCCAGGUUGACGCAAGAAUGGUUGGAGGAGGCCCGUGGGGUUGUGGCGAAGUCUCCCGCACGCUGCGACUCGCCGGCACGCCAUUUCGGAUGUCCCAGAUUCGCCACCACACAGCAAGCAUCCUCAUCACCGCUUCCGUCUCUGCAAAGAGACCCUCUUUCAAGGUCCGCCCGAAGAAACAGAGGAUUCGGAGAAAGCUUGAGGAGUGAGGUACUCUCAAAAUCAGUCAUACACAGCCGCAGCAAAUCCUACACCUUCCUUCCCUCUUCGCCUCCACGCUCCCCUUGCUCUUCUUCUUCUACUCCUCCCCACCAUUUGUUCUUCGUUUCCGAUCAUCCCCUUCCCGAUCCUUCUCUCUCUACUCUCCCUCCUCGCCCCUCCCUUCCCCGCAAAUCCCGAUUACAAUCCCAUUAUUCUUUGCCUCCCCAUUCCCGCCGUACCUUCACUACUAUUAAUCCAUCUCCAGACGUCCAAUCGCUCUCUUCCUCACACGAUGUUGCCGGGCCUGCCUACCGCCGAUUCAAUUUCAGCUCUUUGCCUCUGUCACCGCCCAGGAAUCGUGUCGAGUCCGCUCACCGGAGAUCGGUAUCGUCUUCCACAUGUUUGCUUGAGAAAAAUGCUGCCAGGCCUGUGGCCAAUGGGUGGUCCAAACAAGGAGACGCAGCUCAGAUUCACGAUCUUAAUCGGUUUCUCCGAGAACAGAGGAUUUUGAUUCAGAAUAUCUUGAACGAAGACCUCCAUCGAAGGGCCAAAAUUGUACUUUCUGGGCCUUCCAACAGCACAACAUCAAUGGUAGCCGCUCUUUGUCAUGCAUGGCUCUUGUGUUAUAGACAGAGGGAGAGUGGUGAUGGACUGGAGGAUGUUGUGGUGCCUUUGAUGAAUGUGGAGCGACGCGCCAUGUGGAAUCUGAGGCAGGCUGCUUGGCUCUUUCACCACGCUGGCCUCGAUCCUGCCUCACUGCUUUUUGCUGACGAGGUGGACAUUGAAAGCCUUAGGAGGAAUGGACAACAUAGCAUCCUCGUGGUUGGACAAGAUAUACUAAGCACUACUGGCGAGGCUGGAUCCCAGUGCACCAUUCUUACCGAUAAUUACUGUGAAGAUGCCUAUGAUCUGCUUCAAAACCCAGUGCUGAGGAAGCUUUUGCUUGCUGGUAUUUUGCUGGACACUCAGAAUCUGAAGGAAUAUGCUUUAUUUUCUAUGACAAGAGACUCAGAAGCAGUCCAAUUGCUAUUGGCUGGCUCAGCACCGAACUACAGAUAUACUCUAUUUCAUCAAUUAAUGCAAGAACAAAAUGCCACUUCCUUCGUCGAAGCUUUGCAGCUCAACUAUGGGAAGGAUCCCGAUGAAAGGGACGAGAGCAGUGAAAGAAACAUGGAACAUGUAACCCGGCAGCGGAAGUCAACCUCUACAUCUGACUGUGAAGUCGUCAUGAAAAGUCCAAAUAAGAAUUCUGCCGAUACAGAGAGUGCUAAAAUUAACAAGGAUUCACUAAAUUCAGCAAAAGAUGCAUCGCCUCUUUCGCAAAUUCCUGUUCCCCCACCUGGUCAACCAGAAAAGGAUCCCUCCGGCGAAAAGAACAAGUUCUUCUUAUUCAAGUGGUUUGGUUUUGGUUCAAAAUGAACAGAUGGAGAUAUCCAAUUUUCCUGAUGCUUAUUAGUUUGUAAAUGCAGCCUAACAACGAAAAAAAUUGAACAAACAUUACCACUCAUUAGUGUGAGUGCGCAUGAAAAGGUUAAACGCCCUCAUCAUUUUGACUACUUGGAUGCUUUUUGUGCAGAGCCGUGAAGUAUGGACCUACCAGAGAUUUUUCUUGGGUAAAUCAACGUUGUUCCUCUCAAUAUUUCACCACAACCAAGUAGUUAUUGGUGUUGAUGUUGACGUGAAAGAAUAACCUGCUUGGGUCCAUUUCCCCUUAACUGCUCCUUUAAAAACGAACUUGGUUCCUCACUUACUCCUAUCUUUUGACCCAUGCGGAAAAGAAAACUUGUUAAUAUUGGAUUAUCUUCUAUGCUUAAUAUAAAAUCUAAUUUUUAUCUUUUA